CUAUAGCCUCCUCUCUAUCCAGCACAAUAAAUAACCUAGAAAACUCCCAGAAUUCAAUUCAUAAAAGAGGGAAAACGCAAAACAAAAGCCUAACCUUAAGAGCUCGCAACUUCAGUUGAUAAUUAGUUGUUGGAGGCAUAAUUUAAUACGAUAUGGUGAUAAAACCCAAAUGUUUUGCGUCGAUAUUUCGGGGGUUAUCCUUGCCUUCCAAUAUUCCUUGAUGAGGGUGAGUCUGACAGAAGAUGCCCAGGGAUGGUUUUUGGUGACUAACGCAAUCCUGUCACACAGAGUGAAACCUAUCCUCGCCAAGACUGCAAGACAGGUCCAUAAAGUUCUUUAAAAAUGGUUUUGAGGAAGAACAUGCCACCAAUUCUGAGGCCAACACUAUUGCUGUCUGACCCACUGGCAAAUCCUCCAUUAACUCCGCUUCCUUCUGUCACUCUAACCCCCACUUCUCACCACACCAACUUCCUGAGCUUCAUGAAAACCCAUUUUUUAACCCCUCAUAACAACCACAUAACUCCUGCUUCACUUCUUCACUUUCUCAAAUCCAAGCUGCACCACCACCCUCUCUUCACCCAUUAUGACUUUCAUAUCUUCAAUUGGGCCUCCUCUUUUGAUUCCUUUCGCCAUGAUCAUGGCACCUUCUUUUUCAUGGUCUGCUCCCUUGCCUCUUCUUAUCGCUUCACUGAACUUAAAUCCCUUCUAGCUUUUAUCUCUUCUAAUCCCUGCCCUUGUUCUGAUGAUGGUAUUUUCUCUUGUCCUCAAAUUGAAUCUAUAUUUCUUGUUGCUAUUAAUGCAUUUUGUAAAGCUAAGAGAUUGGAUGAUGGGGUUAUGGCUUUUGAAACUAUGAGGAAGUUGAUUGAUGGGAGACCUAGUGUGAGUACUUAUAAUGCUUUGAUAAAUGGUUUUGUAAAAUGUGGCCAGUAUGAUACAGCUCUGGACUUUUAUUACAGGAUGUUGAAAAAUAAGGUUCAGCCUGAUGUGGCUACAUUUAAUAUUUUGAUUAGCAGUUACUGUAAGAAUAAGAAAUUUGAUUUGGCUUUGUUGUUGUUUAAGGAUAUGAAAGAAAAAGGAUGUAGUCCCAAUGUUGUUAGUUUCAAUACUUUAAUUAAGGGGUUUUUCAGGGAAAGGAAAUUUGAGGAUGGUAUUAAGAUGGCGUAUGAGAUGAUUGAACUAGGGUGUGAGUUUUCAAGUGUGACCUGUGAGAUUUUAGUUGAUGGAUUGUGUAGGGAAGGGAGAAUUUCAAGGGCAUGUGAAUUGGUGAUUGAUUUUUUGAGGAGAGGGGUUUUGCCUAAGGAGUUUGAUUAUUUUGGUCUUGUGGAGAAGCUUUGUGAGGAAGGAAAUGCAACUGGAGCCUUAGAAAUUGUGGAUAAGUUGUGGAAUAAUGGAAAUUUGCCUAGUGUAAUUGCUUGUACUACCUUAGUUGAAGGUUUGAGAAGGUUGAGAAAAACAGGACAGGCAUUUGGAAUAAUGGAAAGGAUGCUUAAAGAGGGUAUUAUUCCAGAUAGUGUGACUUUUAAUUGUCUUCUUAAAGAUCUUUGUAAUGUGGGAAAAACAGUGGAUGCUAAUAGAUUAAGAUUAUUGGCCUCACAAAAGGGUUUGGAGCCAGAUGAGAUGACAUAUCAUGUUCUAAUAUAUGGGUAUGCAAGAGAGAAUAGAAGGAAGGAGGGGGAAAAGCUAGUGGAUGAGAUGUUGGAUGAAGGAUUUAUACCUGAUCUUGCUACAUAUAAUAGGUAUAUGGAUGGGCUUUCCAAUUCCAGGAACUCUGUGAGGCCAGACUGCUAGUGCUAUCAUUGGGCUGGAGAUCAGCAUAUUCAGUUCGAACUGCUAUUCUAGAGAGCAAAUUUUGGUCUUCUAUCUGUUCAUCAUAACUUGUAUUCUUCCACCAGCCACAUAGGAAGGAUUGGUUUCAUCAUCAAGGAGCGAUAGCUUCAUUCUGCUUAAGACUUGGCCUUUCAUGCUUGUCACAAAGAUUUUCAAGCACAGAUACAUUACACCAUUCUCUGGAUCAUAGAGCCCCUUGCUUCAAAAUGUGCAAAGUUCAGGUUCAAGCCAUUUUCUGACAAAAUUAUAGCAAGCCGGAUAUUAUAUGUCUGGAACGAAGGACAUAAUUUGGAUGCAAAGGUGUGGAUCAAAAAGCUUAUAGCUUGUCUGUGUUUAGCGAUGGAAGAGUUUUCUGAAAUUAUAUUAUUUUAUUUGAUUAUCUGUGUGUAACUCAAUAAUCUAGUUUAUGAGAUGGAUCACUUUGUGUUGCAGCCUCUUGAAGCUGCAACGCAUAUUCAUGCCAAAUUCAGCUAAACAUUUCUCAGCAGCUUCUACCUUUUUUUUCAAAGAUUCUGAGGAAAUGUUCUCAGCAAUGUUGGAAUCAAUUAUUUUUUCAAGUGUGCCUUUUCUGUAGCAAUUCAUUGCCCACCCGGCUAAACUAAUCUGCUCUCUAGGUAGCUUUGGACUGAUGACAGGCCUUGCAAAUAGUACUACACCAAAAGUGUAAAAAUCUGAUUUAUCAGUGAGUUGUUGUUUCCUGAAGUAUUCAUGAUCGAGGUAUCUGAAGCUGCCCUUGACGGCGGUGCUCACAUGGGCUUGCUCCAUCGGCGCCGCUUUGAUCUUCCCAUCAAGAAGAAUAUUUGUGGUCUUCUCAUUGCAGUGGAUGAUUCCAAAGAAGAUAAUGGAAUCCCCGGGCUGCAGUAAUGCAAAUUUCAGGUCUCUCUUUCUAGGACUAUGCCGGUAGAGUGGAGCCACCGGCAUCAAACAAACCAUGCAGGCUCCCUCCUUCAUUGCCCAUUUUAAUGACCUCUGGUCCAGUAGGAUUCGCAUUUGGCAGGCCUGAAUGAGAUCACCUGCAGGGCCAACUUGGACUAUGAUGGGACCUUUUCUAAUGGAAUAAUAUUAUGUAUAUUUAUUUUUGAGUA